CAUCGUGAUGAAUUAAUGGAGUAUAUGACUAAAUCUGCUCUAAAGUUGCGUAAUAAUCUAAUUAAUAAAAUGAUAGAAGAUUACCAAGUUAAAUCUAGAACAAUUGGAGAAGACUAUGAAAGUAUAGCUGAAAGAGCUUUAGGCGAGCCAGCAAAUACAAAAGAUCUGAUGGAUUUGAAGGCUUUUGUUGUUAAAGCUGAAACUGAAAUCAGUAUAGACUUGGAAAAUCGACUGAGAGAACUUUUGAAAUAUGUACAAUUUCUUUCUGAUUAUACUCUUUUAACCCCUGUUGAACUCAAAACUAAUAACUUUGCUUUUCAGUGGUACCAUCGUAUGCCAGAAAUUUUUGAGGAACAUCGUAAAAUAGUAGAAGCUAAAGCUCGUGAAUAUCAGAAAAAAUUAAAAGCCAGAAUAGAAAAAUUCCAGAACGAUUUAAAGAUCUGGGAAAAAUAUUGUGAUGAAAUGCAAUACUGGGGAAACGUUGAUGAGAUAUUCCGGUAUAAAAAAAAGGCGAGUAAUCUCGAGAAUCGAUUGAUAGGAGCCAUGAAGACUAUCAAUGAAUUCAAUGAAGAGGAACAGAUGUUUGGUUGGCCAAUGUCACAAUAUCCACUUCGAAAAAAGAUUGCUGAUAGUUUGUCACCUUAUAAGAAAUUCUAUGACGUUGCUUGUGAGUUUUUAACACAACAUGAAACAUGGAUGAGUUCAAUGAUUGGCAGUCAUGAUCCAGAUUCUAUUGAAGAUGACUCAGGAACACAUUACAGAACUAUUUUAAAACUUGAAAAGUCAUUUCAAGAACCUACGGUAAGAAAACUUGCAGAGAAUAUUAGAAUGCAGAUUGAAGAAUUUAGAGAACAUAUGCCUCUCAUUGGGACAUUAGGGAAUCCAGGGAUGAAAGAGAGACAUUGGACUCAAGUAUCUGAGAUUGUUGGAUUCCCAAUAAAAGUUGAUGAUAAAAUGACGUUAGCUAAGAUCAUUGAUUUUGGAUUGGACGAAUAUGUUCCAAAGUUUGAAGGAAUAUCUGAAGCAGCAACAAAAGAAAGUAAUCUUGAAAAGGCUUUAUUGAAAAUGCAUGCAGAUUGGACAAAUGUCGAAUUUACAGUAAAUCCAUAUAGAGAUACUGGGACUUAUGUCAUAGCAAGUAUUGACGAAAUCCAGUUGCUGUUAGACGAUCAUCUUACUAAAGCUCAAACCAUGAAAAAUUCACUUUAUAUUAAGCCAUUUGAGAAAGAAACUCUCGAAUGGGAAGCGAAAUUGUAUUUACUCCAAGAUAUCAUGGAUUAUUGGCUGAAAGUUCAAGCUACAUGGAUGUACUUAGAACCUAUAUUUUCCUCGCCAGAUAUUCAACAGCAAAUGCCAGAAGAAGGUCGAAGAUUUAGUGCAGUUGAUAAGAUCUGGAGAGAUAUAAUGAACUCAGUGGUGCAGGAUCCAAAGGUUAUUUCUGUUAUCGAGAUAGAUAAAAUGUUGGAUCGUUUAAAAAAGUGUACUGGAUUGUUGGAUUUAAUUCAAAAGGGUUUGAAUGAUUAUUUGGAGAAGAAAAGAUUAUUUUUUCCACGGUUCUUUUUCUUGUCAAACGAUGAAUUGUUGGAAAUUUUAUCUGAAACUAAAGAUCCAACAAGAGUCCAACCGCACUUGAAAAAAUGUUUUGAUGGUAUAGCAAAAUUGCAGUUUACAGAGGAAAUGGAAGCUAUUGCUAUGGAAUCAUCUGAGGGAGAAGUAAUAAUGUUGGAGAAUAAAAUUGACACAGCUAGUGCUAGAGGACAAGUGGAAAAGUGGCUGGUUGAAUUAGAAAGUGAAAUGAAAAAAAGUGUCCGUGCCCAAAUAAUAAAGACCAAAGAAUCAUAUCUGAUAAAAGAACGUAGAGAAUGGGUACUUCUAUGGCCAGGACAAACAAUACUCUGUAUCGGACAACUUUAUUGGGCUGCAAAUGUAACAUCUGCUUUUCCCCAAGGUCUCAAAGCUCUUGAAGCUUAUAUUGGAGUUUGCAAUGAAGAGUUAAAUCAUAUUGUGGAACUUGUCCGAGGAAAAUUAUCCAAGGAAAAACGUAUUAACCUUGAGGCACUGAUAACUCUAGAUGUACAUAGCAGAGAUGUUUUAGUAGACUUAUGGGAGAAAGAAGUAGAAAAAGCUACAGACUUCAAGUGGUUAUGCCAACUGCGUUAUUAUUGGAUGGAUGAAGAUCUAGUAAUCAUGAUGAUAAACUCUUCACUAGAUUAUGGCUACGAAUACUUAGGUAAUUCACCUAGACUUGUCAUCACUCCCCUGACUGACAGAUGCUACAGAACUUUAUUUGGAGCACUUGCACUACAUCUUGGUGGAGCACCAGAAGGUCCGGCGGGUACGGGGAAGACAGAAACAACUAAAGACUUGGCAAAAGCGAUAGCUAAGCAAUGUAUUGUCUUCAACUGUUCUGAUGGUUUGGAUUAUAUUGCUCUGGGGAAGUUUUUUAAAGAAAGUAUUUUAUUUGGUUUAGCUGCUUCUGGAGCAUGGGCUUGCUUCGAUGAAUUCAACAGAAUCAAUUUAGAAGUAUUAUCGGUCGUGGCUCAACAAAUUUUGACCAUUCAACAGGGAAUCAUAUCUGGAAAGACUGAACUUUUUUUUGAAGGAACUGAAAUAAAUCUAAAUCGUACUUGUGCUGUUUUUAUUACAAUGAAUCCAGGAUAUGCAGGAAGAACUGAAUUACCUGAUAACUUGAAAGCUCUUUUUCGUUCAGUUGCAAUGAUGGUUCCAGAUUACAAAUUGAUUGCCGAAAACACUCUGUAUUCUUAUGGAUUCCAUAAUGCUCGUCCUCUAUCAGUAAAAAUAGUAAUGGCCUAUCAAUUAUGCUCCGAACAAUUAUCCAGCCAAAGUCAUUACGAUUAUGGAAUGAGAGCAGUUAAAUCAGUGCUUUUAUCAGCUAGAAAUCUCAAACUCAAAUACCCGGAAGAGAGUGAAGAUAUUUUAAUACUACGUAGCAUUAAUGACGUGAAUCUUCCUAAAUUCUUAAACCACGAUCUACCUCUCUUUCAAAGUAUUACUUCCGAUCUAUUUCCCGAUAUAGUACUUCCCACUCCAGAUUACCAAGAACUAAAUGAAUGCAUUUUUGAAGUAUGUGCUGAAUCCAAUAUACAAUGUGUUCCAUCUUUUCUCGAAAAAAUCCAUCAAAUUUAUGAAAUGAUGAUUGUUAGACAUGGAUUUAUGAUUAUCGGCAAUCCUUUCAGUGGAAAAACUAGUGCAUAUAAAAUGCUAGCUAAAGCUCUUGAACUUUGUGAACAAAAAAAUGUUUUAGAUGAACACAAAGUUGAAAUAUCAAUAAUAAACCCAAAAUCAAUAACAAUGGGAGAAUUAUACGGGGAAUUUGAUGCAGCAUCUCAUGAAUGGAGUGAUGGUGUACUGGCAAUUAAUUAUCGAGCUUUUGCUACAUCUACAAACAAAAAUCGAAAAUGGUUAAUUUUUGAUGGUCCUAUUGAUGCUAUAUGGAUUGAAAACAUGAACACAGUAUUGGAUGACAACAAGAAACUGUGCCUUAUGAGUGGAGAAAUAAUUCAACUAGCAGAGACGACUAAUUUAAUUUUUGAAUCAAUGGACCUAGAAUCAGCAUCACCAGCUACUGUGUCUCGUUGUGGAAUGAUUUACAUGGAACCUGAAGCUUUGGGAUGGGAAGUUUUAUUGAAGUCUUGGAUCAAUAUGUUACCAGAAAUCUUUGGAGAUUUUUUAAAAUCAUUCUUACACGAGUCUCUUUUUCUACGAUUUUGUAAACCUCUAUUUCAUCUUUUAAGACGACAUAACUUGAAGGCGAUCUGUCCGAUGCCUGAUUCAAAUCUCCUGAGGUCAAUUACGUAUUUAAUGGACUGUUUUAUUAACGAAUACCGUGUUGAAAGCUCUGAAAAGGAAAGUGGGACACCUAAUAAAUUAGAUCUUCGAGCACAACUGGAGGGUUCAUUUUUUUUCUCAUGCAUUUGGGCAAUGGGUGGAACUCUAGAAGCAAGUCAGCGAGAAAAGUUUAGUAUUUUAUUUCGAGGUUUAUUAGAGAAAGAAUUUCCAUCAAGUCUCCAACAGCUAUUUCAACUCACUGAACCUGUUUUGCCUCCUGCAAAGCCAUAUAUUUAUAUCAUGCCGAAAGAAGGACUUGUCUUCGAUUACCGAUUUAUCCGAGAGGGUAAAGGAAAAUGGAAACUGUGGUCUGAUGAAUUAUUGAAUGUUCCACCAAUACCAAGAGAUCUUCCGAUGAAUCAAAUAAUAGUUCCUACAGUUGAUACUGUAAGGUAUACAACAUUAUUCCAGUUACUGGUACAACAUGGCAAACCUGUGCUUUUCGUCGGAUCAACUGGAACUGGAAAAUCAGCUUACAUCAACGACUUUUUGUUAAAGAAGAAUGACACAAGUAUUUUUAAACCUUUGCUUAUUAAUUUUUCUGCUCAAACAUCAACUAGUAAAACUCAGGACAUCAUUAUGAGUAAAUUAGACAAAAGACGGAAAGGUGUAUAUGGUCCACCUAUUGGUAAACGAUGGGUGGUCUUUGUUGAUGAUGUUUCGAUGCCUCUGAAGGAAAUUCAUGGUGCUCAACCACCUAUUGAAUUAUUGAGGCAGCUUUUAGAUCAUUCUCAAUGGUAUGAUAAAAAAGAAAAAACUCCUAUUAAAUUAAUUGAAGUACAGCUAAUGUGUGCUAUGAGUCCACCAGAAAGUGCAGAAAGAGAAAUUACUCCAAGAUUUAAAAGACAUUUUUUUACUCUUGGAAUAUCUGAGUUUCAAGAUGAUAUAAUGACCAUGAUUUUCAGCAAAAUUGUUUUAUGGCAUUUAGAUACAAGAGGUUUCAGCAAAGAAUUUGAUCCUUGCAUUGAUCAAGUAGUUCAAGCAACUCUAGAUAUUUAUAAACGAAGUUUAGAAAACCUUUUACCAACUCCAUCAAAGUCACAUUAUUUAUUCAACCUGCGUGACUUUUCAAGAGUCAUACAAGGUGUACUCAUGUCAGUUCCUGAAUCAAUGCCAACUUUAGCAUGCAUGAAGAGGCUUUGGGUGCACGAGAUCUUGCGUGUAUUUGGAGAUAGAUUAAUAGAUAAAUCUGACACUGAUUGGUUAAUCCAUCAACUCCGGAUUGUGGUAGAGCAAAGAAUGGAGUCAAACUUUGAUGCUCUAUUUGAGGAUCUUGCUGAAGAUCCAAAUAAACCAAUCGGUGAGCAAGAGUUGAGAAAACUCAUUUAUUGUGACUUUAUUGAUCCAAAAGCCGAUGUUAGAUUGUACAAAGAAAUUCCUGACCUAGAAUUAUUAAAAUCGAUUGUUGAGGGAUAUCUAGUGGAGUAUAAUUCCAUGACAAAGAAGCCAAUGAAUCUAGUUCUCUUCAGGUUUAUUUUCUUCAAACGAAGCUUAUUAAUUACUCUAUUGAAUCCAAUAAGUAAAUGAUCUAUUUUUCAUAGGUUUGCCAUAGAACAUUUAUCUAGAAUCGCUCGAAUUAUUAAACAACCUAGAGGUCAUGCAUUGAUCAUUGGUGUUGGAGGUUCUGGAAGGCAGUCUAUGGCAAGAUUAGCGUCUCAUAUAUGUGAAUUCGAUCUCUUUCAAGUGGAAAUCACUAAGCAUUAUGGCAUUCAUGAAUGGCACGAAGACAUAAAGAAGAUAUUGAAGAAAGCUACUGCUACAGAGUUAAAUUCCUCUUUUCUUUUCACUGACAAUCAAAUAAAGCAAGAAAGUUUUCUUGAAGACAUCAGCAAUAUGCUUAACUCUGGCGAGGUUCCAAACAUUUUCAAUGCUGAUGAAAAAGCGGAAAUAUGUGAAAGGAUGCGUCAAGUUGAUCGACAGAGAGAACGAGCUAUGCAAACUGAUGGUAGCACAGUUGCUCUAUUUAAUUUAUUCGUACAAAUAGUUCGAGAUCAAUUGCAUAUUGUGCUUGCAAUGUCACCAAUUGGAGAUGGUUUUCGCAAUAAAAUCAGAACAUUUCCAGCAUUGGUUAAUUGUUGUACAAUUGACUGGCUGCAACCUUGGCCAGAAGAUGCUCUAUUGGCUGUAGCAACAAAAUUUCUAGGUGAAAUCGAGUUAUCUGAUCAUGAGAGAGAAGCUGGCGUUAAUAUGUGUCAAUUCUUUCACACUUCCACUCAAGUGUUAAGUAAAGAGUUCUAUACUCGGUUAAGAAGAUACAAUUAUGUCACUCCAACUUCGUAUCUUGAAAUGAUAAACACAUUCAAAGAUCUUUUGAUCAAAAAAAGGAAAGAAAUAAUGCUUGCAAAAACUCGAUAUGAGGGUGGUGUUGAAAGUCUCAACUCAACUCAAAAGCAAAUAGGCGAGAUGCAAAAAACUUUGACUGAUUUACAGCCACUUCUGGUCUCAUCUGCUCAUGAUGUUCAGAAAAUAGUAACAACUGUAGAGAAAGAGAGUUUGGAAGUAGCUGAAGUAGAAAAGGUCGUGAAAAUCGAUGAAGAAGCAGCUAUGAGAGCAGCUGCUGAAGCUGAAGUAAUAAAAACUGAAUGCGAUGAAAAUUUAUCUGAAGCAAUGCCAAUUUUAAUGCAAGCUCAGGAAGCUCUAAAUACACUUACAACCACUGAUAUUGCUGUUGUAAGAUCAAUGAAAAGCCCACCUGCUAAUGUCAAGCUUGUCAUGGAGAGUAUUUGUAUUUUAAAAGAAAUAAAACCGGAAAGAAUCCAAACAGGAGAUGGAAAAAUUACAGACGAUUAUUGGAAAGCAUCAUUAAAAGUUCUAGCAGAUGUUAAAUUCUUAGAUUCUCUAAUUAAUUUCGAUAGGGAUAAUAUUCCUGAACGAGUAAUGACCAUAAUACGUAAAGAUUACCUAGCCAAUGCCAACUUUGACCCAGACAAAGUUAAAGCUUCAUCGACUGCCUGUGAGGGUUUAUGCAAAUGGGUUUAUGCUAUAUCGGAGUACGACAAAGUUGCUAAAGUGGUUGCACCAAAGAAGAAAGCUUUAGUCGAAGCACAAAAAGUUUACAAUGAAGCCAUGGAGAAAUUGAGCACUAAGCGAGCACAAUUAGGUGAAAUACAGAGGAAACAUGCACUCCUCGAAGCAGACUUGGCUUCAAGAAAAGCUGAUUAUCAAAAGAUGAUGGAUAAAGUUACUGACUGUGAACAAAAAUUGAAACGUGCUGAAGAAUUAAUUAGUGGACUUGGUGGAGAGUCUAGUCGGUGGACAAAAAGUGCUAGGGAAUUAGGAGAGCGGUACGAUCGUUUAACUGGUGAUAUCAUAAUAGCCUCAGGAGUAAUUGCGUAUUUAGGAGUUUUCACGACACCUUAUCGAGCCAAGCAAAUCAAAUUAUGGGUUGAGAGAUGUAAAAGUUUAAAUGUGAUUUGUACAGAAAAUUUUUCCCUAAAAGAUGUACUUGGUGAUCCAGUUCUUGUGAGAUCUUGGAUGAUAAAUGAAUUACCAAAUGACUCAUUCUCUAUCGAUAAUGGGGUUAUCAUAAACAAUGCAAGACGAUGGCCACUAAUAAUUGAUCCUCAGGGCCAAGCAAACAAGUGGAUUAAAAAUAUGGAGAAACAAAAUAAUAUGAAUGUUAUUCAACUCUCCCAACCUGAUUACAGUAGACUAUUAGAAAAUGGAAUACAGUUUGGUCAACCUGUUUUACUUGAGAAUAUUGGAGAAGAAUUGGAUGCUGUUUUGGAGCCUCUCUUACUCAAACAAACUUUCAAACAAGGAGGAGCUUUAUGUAUAAAACUUGGAGAUUCUGUGAUUGAAUAUAAUUCAAAUUUUAGAUUUUAUAUGACUACAAGAAUGAGUAAUCCACAUUAUUUACCAGAAAUCGUAGUUAAAGUAACUCUUCUCAAUUUCACCAUCACUCCAAGUGGUCUGGAAGAUCAACUAUUGAACAUAGUAGUUGCUAAAGAACGACCAGAUUUAGAAUCAGAAAGGAAUUCUCUUAUUAUUCAGAGUGCUAAUAAUAAAAAGUUGUUGAAAGAAACAGAGAAUAAAAUAUUAGAAAUAUUAUCCACAUCUCCAGGGAAUAUUCUAGAUGAUGAAGAAACGAUUACAGUAUUAACUUCCUCUAAAACAUUAAGUAAUGAUAUUCAAUCUAAAGAAGCUGCUACUCAAAUUACUGAGAAAUCAAUUGAUGAAACAAGACUCCAAUAUAAUUCAAUAGCAGAGUAUUCAACAGUCCUUUUUUUCACAAUUGAGGUCUUAGCAAACAUUGAUCCCAUGUACCAGUACUCUCUCAGUUGGUUUAUAAAUCUAUUUAAAAUGUCAAUCGAUAACACAGGACAAUCAGAAAAUACAGAAACUCGCUUAAAAGAGUUAACACAAAAUUUUACAUAUUCCCUUUAUGUAAACAUUUGUAGAUCUCUCUUCGAAAAAGAUAAGCUUUUAUUUUCUAUGCUGCUCUCUAUAAAUAUUUCAAAUCGAUUGAAAUCCGAUAUUUCGUCUAGCAACUGGCUAUUUUUAUUAACUGGUGGUGUAGGACUUGAAAAUCCUUUAUUAAAUCCUUGCACUUGGCUUCCAGCCAAACUGUGGGAUGAGUUAUGUCGACUAAACAAUCUUCCAGACUUUAUAGGUAUUAAAGAUUCAUUUUCAAAGGAUAAUGCCCUCUGGAAGGAAUUAUUUGAUUCUAAAGAGCCAGAAACUGUAUCAAUACCAAGUCCUUUUGAUAAAAUGACUAAAUUUCAAAGACUUUUAAUUCUCAAAUGUAUUCGACCUGAUAAAAUGAUUUUAGCUGUUCAGGAUUAUGUGAAAUCUGAGCUGGGUCCAAAAUUCAUUGAUCCUCCGCCAUUCAAUUUAGAAUCAUGUUACAAUGAUUCAAUGAACACGAUACCAUUAAUAUUUAUCCUAACGCCGGGAGCAAAUCCAAUACAAGUACUGCAUAAAUUUGCUGAUAGCCAGGGUUAUGAAACGAGUCGAUUUUUUUCUCUAUCGUUGGGACAAGGACAAGGAGUAAUAGCUGAGGAAUUAGUGAACAAUGGAAUGAAACAUGGCUAUUGGAUUUUUCUUCAAAAUUGCCAUUUGGCUAAAAGCUGGAUGGGAACAUUGGAAAAAAUCUGUGAAGGAUUAACAGCAGAUUCUGCUCAUCCUGAUUUUAGAUUAUGGUUGACCAGUUAUCCUGUUGAUUAUUUCCCUAUCACAGUUCUUCAAAACAGUGUGAAAAUGACUAAUGAACCACCUAAAGGCUUACGUGCUAACAUAAUUAAAUCAUAUCUGAGUGAUCCAAUUAGUGAUCCUGAUUUCUUCGAAUCAUGUAAACAGUCUGAGACUUUUAAAAAACUUCUCUAUAGUCUUUGUUUUUUUCACGGAGUUGUCCAAGAACGUAGGAAGUUUGGUGCUAUUGGAUGGAAUAAUGCGUACGAGUUUAAUGAAAGUGAUCUUCGCAUCAGCGUACAACAGUUGCAAAUUUAUUUAAAUCAAUACCAGGAUGUGCAGUUUGAAGCAUUGAAAUAUUUAACAGGUGAAUGCAAUUAUGGUGGAAGAGUUACUGAUAUUUGGGAUCGACGAGCAUUAAAUACUAUUUUAUCAAAGUAUUAUAACGAGGAUGUUCUCACACAGGAAAAAUAUUUAUUCGACGUGACCUCUGACAUUUAUUAUUGUCCUACUGCUAGAGAAUAUAGUGCUUACCUGGAGUAUACAAAACAACUUCCUUUAACUACACCCCCAAGCGUAUUUGGAAUGCAUGAAAAUGCUGAUAUUAUCAAAGAUCAGCAAGAGACUGAACUAUUAUGCUCAUCUCUUUUAUUAACUCAGGUAACUGUAGAUAAUGCUGUAACAAAAAAAAAUUUAUUAGCUGCUAUUGAAAGUAAAGCUACCGGAAUAACAGAGAAGUCAUCUGAUGAUAUAAUUCUCUCGGUGACGACUGAUAUUUUGAACAAACUUCCAACUGAUUUUAAUCUUGAAAAAGCACUUGAGAAGUAUCCAACUUCAUACAACCAAAGUAUGAAUACAGUUUUAAUUCAAGAAAUGAGUCGAUUUAAUAAAUUGCUCAGCUGCAUUCGAUCAAGUCUUAUAAAUGUCCAGCGAGCAAUCAAAGGGUUCAUUGUCAUGACAACUGAACUGGAAGAAGUAGCACAGGCAAUCAUGAUUGGGAAGGUGUCUUCUUGGUGGAAAAGAUACUCAUAUCCAUCAUUGAAACCUCUAGGAAAUUAUAUUAAUGAUUUUUUACAGCGAAUAAAAUUCCUUCAGACAUGGUAUGAUCAAGGAGCACCAGCUGCAUUUUGGAUCUCUGGAUUUUAUUUUACACAAGCAUUUUUAACUGGAGCUCGUCAGAAUUUUGCUAGAAAAUAUCACAUUGCUAUUGAUCUCUUAGUAUAUGAUUUUGAAAUCCUGAGAGAAACUUCUGUAUCUACUGCCCCAAGUGAUGGAGUAUAUAUUUAUGGUCUAUUUUUAGAUGGUGCAAGAUUCGAUGAAGAAAAUAUGAUUCUAGAAGAAAGCUUUCCGAAAAUACUCUAUGAUAAAGUUCCUUACAUAUGGUUAAUUCCAAAAAAACGAGAAGAAGUGAUAAAGAAAAAUACUUAUGCCUGUCCUGUAUAUAAAACGAGUGAAAGAAAAGGUGUUAUAUCAACAACAGGACACUCAACGAAUUUUGUAAUCGCCAUUGAUUUACCAACGAUCAAAUCAAAGGAACAUUGGAUCAUAAGGGGCGUUGCAAUGCUUUGUCAACUUAAUGAAUAAAUGAUGAAAUAUAAUUAUUCAAACUGACUUAUUUUAUAACUAAUUUUAGUAAAUAAAUUGUUUUAAUUAUGAAUUAAA